CUUCCAAUACCCUUAUUACAACAAAUAAGAUUUCCGUCGCUGCGAAAAGUCAACCGAAUAAUCCCUCCGGGUUGAAACCAUGGCCGACGUCGACGUCCUCAUCAAAACAUCCGCGAAGCGUACCCGCGAACUCUUCGCCUCAGACUUCGCAUCCACCUCCCAACUCGCCUCCUCCCUUCCCACCCCCUACUCCGUCGCUCCCAUCAUCCCUAGCGCACAAGAGCAAGCCGACAAGCUCUCCAUCACCUCGAGAAUACGGUCCGAAUAUGCCAAUGCGAAAGAACUCCCUCCCGCGCUCGCCGCGAAGCAAGCCAGCGCUGCAUCAGUCCGAAGAAAGAAGCCGAAGACGCAGGCUGGCGAGGGCGUGCCGUCGGACCCCAAAAUGGCGCAGAUGAUCGAGGGGAUUACGGAGCGGGACGAGAAGGUAUCGGGGAGCGCGUCGAACGCGUUGAUAGUGAGGCAAGGCGGCAACCGACCGAAUAUCGCGGGUGGUUUACCGACCCGGGACGCGCCGUCGUCGAGCUUGAUUCGGCGGGAGAAUAUCCGUCAACCGAAACCGGAGUGGCAUGCGCCGUGGAAGCUAAAGCGCGUGGUGUCGGGGCAUCUGGGAUGGGUGCGGGCGCUGGCGGUGGAGCCGGGCAACAAGUGGUUCUGUUCGGGGGCGGGGGAUCGGACGAUCAAGUUAUGGGAUCUGGCGAGCGGGACGCUGAAGCUCACGUUGACGGGGCAUAUUUCGACGGUGCGCGGGCUGGCGGUAUCGCCGAGACAUCCGUAUCUGUUCUCGUGCGGAGAGGACAAGAAGGUGCUGAACUGGGACCUGGAGACGAAUAAGGUGAUCCGCCACUUCCACGGGCAUCUCAGCGGCGUCUAUACCCUCGCGCUCCAUCCGACCCUCGACGUUCUCAUCACCGGCGGACGAGAUGGCGUGGCACGAGUAUGGGACAUGCGCAGCCGCUCGAACAUCCACGUGCUCUCCGGCCACAAGGGCACGGUCUCCAACAUCCAAGCGCAAGAAGCCGACCCCCAGAUCAUCACCUCUUCGCUCGACUCGACCGUCCGCCUCUGGGAUCUCGCGGCUGGGAAAACCAUGGGCGUCCUGACGCACCACAAGAAAGGUGUGCGCGCCCUUACCACGCACCCCGAGGAAUUCACCUUCGCCAGCGCCAGCACCGGCAGCAUCAAGCAGUGGAAGUGUCCCGAGGGCGCGUUCAUGCAGAACUUUGAGGCGCCAAACUGCGUCAUCAAUACGCUGGCCGUCAACCAGGACAACGUGAUGGUCGCGGGCGGCGACGACGGGUCCAUGUCGUUCUUCGAUUGGAAGACGGGCCAUCGGUUUCAGUCUGAGGACAGCAUCGCGCAGCCGGGAUCGUUGGCGGCGGAGGCGGGGAUCAUGUGCGCGACGUUCGACCGGACGGGGGCGCGGUUGAUUACGGGUGAGGCGGAUAAGACGAUUAAAGUGUGGGCGCCCGAUACGACGGCGACGGAGGAGACGCAUCCGAUGGACUGGACGCCGACGUUGGGGAGGCAGAAGUUCUGAUUCCAUCAUGGGCUUUCGGGCAGACGAAUUCAUAUUUGGCAAAAUCGGCGUCGCAGGAACAGCGCUUCGGGUAUAUUUGGGGCUCAGGAUUGAUGAACUGUAUACAACUAGCCCAUCCAACAUCCAACAAUAGGCCAAGGGGCUUAUUCACUUGUACACUAAGAUACCCGAUUCUGAAACAAUCCACCACCAUCCAGAUUU